CUCGAAGAAUCAAAAUUUGGGGCUUUAGUAUAGUUUUCCACACUCGAUGGGUUCCUCUAUAAUUAAAGUAAAAUAACAGGUUCCUAAAACCUCCAUUAAAACCCCAAAAGCUUCCAAGUACCCCCACAGCAAAAGCUUAGAACAAAUCGCUCAAUUCUCUGUAAAAGCUUCGAAAUUUAAAAGAAAAAAUCUUCGAAAAUGAGUACUAUGAAAUUUUGCCGAGAAUGUAACAACAUUUUGUAUCCAAAGGAAGACAAGGAGCAGAAGAUCCUUCUUUAUGCCUGCCGAAAUUGCGACCAUCAGGAGCCUGCUGAAAACAAUUGUGUGUACAGAAAUGAGAUACACCAUUCUGCUGCAGAACGCACACAAGUAUUGCAGGAUGUAGCAGCAGAUCCAACUUUGCCUCGUACCAAAUCUGUUCGGUGUUCUCAAUGUGGUCAUGGAGAAGCAGUUUUCUUCCAGGCAACUGCAAGGGGAGAAGAAGGUAUGACACUCUUCUUCGUUUGCUGCAACCCGAACUGUGGCCACAGGUGGAGGGAUUGAGAUCACAUGAGUUAUGGUGGGUACUGUUGGUUGUUGAUGUAUUUGAAAAACUGAUUCCGAACAAAAGGAAAACGCAUUAACUGUUCAUCACGUAGUUCAUGUACGAUGUAAUGAAUCCCGUCAUGUGUUGGACUGGAACACAGGUGAAAUUCUGAAGACUUGCAUGCGCGCAAAGUUUCUGUUAUCUUAGUGUUUGCUUAAAGAAAUGAAGAGUGGUGUCUUUUGCCUAA